GAAGUGCGGUGCUCCGGCUGAAGCGGUGCUGCUAACAAACAUUAUUUUCUUUUCACCACGAUUUUUGUAUGAUUUUGCGUCGUCACUACGGCCAAACAGUUAAAUCUAAAUAUAUUUUUCGGUGUCUUUGUAUGACGUUUACUGGUGAAUCAUCGCGGCAACAACGUUUGGAUAUAAAGCGAAGUAAUGUGACAGAUGGCUAGUUAGCGAGUGAGCUAAAGAGUUCAUUGAAAUUCAGCUUUGGAUCUGAUUUUUAUAGACUUUUUUGAUGAAAUAAAUUGAGAAAGCUGUAGUAAAUAAUGCAUUAGAACAAUAGGAGAUACAAGCUCGAACCCCGGCUGUAGACAUGUUGAAGUUUGAUCACACUUCUUAGGAAGCAGCAGUGGUAUUGUUCAUGAAAAUGAUGAUGGUGAAGUAACUGGGACAUAAAUAGAAUAUCCUGGACUCUCAGUAGUUUGGUUCUGGGGAAUUGAAGAUGGACGAAAAAUACAGCAGCAAUGUGCUCUCAGGAGGAAAACUUGGAAUGGUGGAAGUCCCAGAUUCCAGGCUGACCAGGUACAUCAUUUUACUAGUCAUCUCCAAAGUUCUCAAAGCUCUCGGGAUCUUUGAAUCGUACGAUGUGCUCAAAGUUGUUCACAUUGUCCAGUUUGUCUUCAUACUAAAAUUAGGGUCUGCUGUGGUUUUACUUUUCUUCCAAAAACCAUUUUCCUCUGGUAAAAUAAUCUCUAAGAGACAGUGGAUAAAGUUACUAAAACAUGCCGUUUUCAGCUGUGUCAUUUCUCUCCUGGGAUUCUUUGGUCUCACUCUCUGUGGACCUUUGAGGACCUUGUUGUUGUUUGAACACAGUGAUGUUGUGGUCAUCGCUCUCCUUGGUGUCCUGUUCACAAGCUCAGGCGGAGGACCAUCUAAGACCAGAGGUGCUGCCUUUUUUAUCAUUGCUGUUAUCUGUCUCCUGCUCUUUGACAACGAUGAUCUCAUGGCCAAAAUGGCAGAGCACCCUGAAGGACACCAUGACAGUGCUCUUACUCAUUUUCUUCACACGGCUAUUGCAUUUCUAGGAGUUGCAGAUCACAAAGGUGGAGUUGUUCUGUUGGUGGUGUCUCUCUGUCUGAAGGUGGCCUUCCACACGGCCUCCAGGAAGCUGUCGGUGGAAUUAGGUGGAGCCAAACGUCUCUACGUCCUGGACAACCUGGUUUCUGCUGUGGUUCUGCUGCCAUGGGUCAUUGUCCUGUCGGGGACCACAGAUAGUAAAGUAGAAUCCUGGUCCUCCCUCAUCCUGCCGUUCUCCAUGAUCAUCUUUUCUGUGAUGAUCCUGGAGUUUUAUGUGGAGUCCAUGUGUAAUGCCAAGAUGGAGACGCCGCGCUGCGCUCGCUACGGUAGCUUUGCUCUCUUUCUGAGCGCCCUGCUGCUGGCCAACUUCUGGACUCAUCCUCUGACCGACCAACUGAGAUCCAUGAGCAAACCACCGCAGAUGGUCAGCACAGAGCAUGUGCUCUCAGGAGGAGUGAUUGUCAGCGCCAUCUUCUUCAUCCUCUCGUCCAGCAUUCUCUCGUCUCCUUCAAAGAAAGGUCAGAAGGGAACCUUGGUGGGUUACUCUCCUGAAGGAACUCCCCUGUAUAACUUUAUGGGUGACGCACUGCAACACACUUCACAGUCACUGCCCAGGUUUAUCAAGGACUCCCUCAAACAGAUUCUGGAGGAGUACGACUCCCGGCAAAUCUUCUACUUCCUGUGUCUCAACCUGGCGUUCACCUUUGUGGAGCUGUUUUAUGGCGCCUGGACCAACAGCCUGGGGUUAAUCUCUGACGGUUUCCACAUGCUGUUCGACUGCUCUGCUCUAGUCCUGGGUCUAUUUGCUGCCCUCAUGACGCGAUGGAAAGCCACCAGGAUCUUCUCCUACGGAUUUGGUCGUGUGGAAAUCCUCUCUGGAUUCAUCAACGGUCUGUUCCUGAUGGUCAUUGCCUUCUUUGUGUUUGUGGAGUCCGUCACUCGACUGUUGGAUCCUCCCAAUAUAGACACAGACAUGUUAACGCCUGUGUCAGUUGGGGGUCUGCUGGUCAACCUUGUGGGCAUCUGCGCCUUCAGUCACGCACACUCCCAUGGUGGGAAAAGCUGCUCACACUUUCACACAAUGUCGAUUAUACAUUUGUUCCAGGUUGAACGGAUCGACGGCGUUCUGUCCUACAGAGACCCUCAUUUCUGGAGACACUCGGCCAGUGUUAUCGCAGGAACCAUUCACCUGCAGGUGAUGACAGACGUAGUCGAGCAGAGGAUCGUGCAGCAGGUGACCACCAUUCUAAAAGACGCUGGAGUGAACAAUCUAUCAGUGCAAGUGGAGAAGGAGGCCUACUUCCAGCACAUGUCUGGACUCAGCACCGGUUUUCACGAAGUCCUGGCCAUGACGCAGCAGAUGGAAUCCAUGAAAUGCCUGAAUGACGGGACGUGCAUCAUGUGAUGCUCCACGUUGUAUGUGGGACCAAAAGAAAUCUUUAGUGUUUUUUUUUUCCUUCUAAAAUGUACAGUGUAAUUAUGUGAUUUAAAUAAAUCUGAAUAUAUUGGUUUUACAAA